CUUCUUCAUUCCCAGGGUUCCGUGAGAGUCGUUUGCCCCACCCCACCUCUUCAGUGCUAUCUAUCUCAAUGUACAAUUCUCUGAGAAAAAAAAAAAAAAAGGGGCAAAAAAUAAUUCAGAGAAACACCGAACGGAGCGACUCUCACCUACCUGACCGGUUCAGCGGGGCGGCCGCGGGCUAUCGGCGCCGAAAGCAACUGUCUGUCUCCGUUCGGAUGAAGUGAGUGGAAAAAAACACAGCGGUAUGUUCAUGUAUCAUGCACAUGUAACCACAAUCUGGGAAUACAAAUCGCCGAGAGAGUUGACAGCGGACUGUGCUCCUGCUGCUGCUGCUUGCGCCAAAACAGGGGGACACAGCGGAGGAUUUCCACCAAUAUCGCCCGGAUACUUGGACGCAGAGACGGACAGCCAGCAGCCGACAGCCGCUUGUGGUCGGCCGGACAAGGUUUCCGAUGUGAGGAGAAACACAAAUUAGCGCUACGGAGAGAGAAAAAGGACGGAGUAGGGGCCUUUUUUUUCCUUUUCUAUUUUUUUUUUUUUUGGUCAAACCUUCCUAAAAAAAAUAAAAAGGCAAACACCAACAUGUAUUGACUGAAGAGAAGAUUGGAUUUUUGACACAUAUUAUCAAUAAGGUUGCUGAGAACCUUCCUGAAUAAAAUAAAAUGUGAGAUGUUUGGAAGAAGCCCCGGUGUAGUCUGAUGAUUCACAUGCCGUCAUUUUAGGAGGAAAUAUCAAUUUUUUUAUUUUCUCUCCCACUCGUCCUCUGAUGUGCUAAGUUUUGUUUGAAACUGGGUUGCAAUCAGAUCGAUUAAUAAACCCGAACAUAUGUAUUUUUAAACCAGGAGGCAUAAUAAAAGGGAGGUCAAAGAAAAUAGUCUGAUUGAAUGGCAGUGGGGGUAAUCAACCGACGAUGGGCUCCUGAGGGUACAUUUGCUGAGAAAAUUAAAAAUAUUUAUAUCACUAUUUAAGUAAAGAGAGAUCCGUACGCCUUGAAGGAAUCUGGGGAGCCGAGGUUCAUUCAUGAGCAGCCAGAAAGCUGGAAAUACCACAUCCACUCUCAUCUCAGCGUUGAUGACUUCAUUGCGGAUUUACAGUGAAAAUCACGGGAAUCAAGUGUUUGAGAGAGCGGGAUCGCCUGCUCCACUUCCGAUCUCUCUCUGCUGAUGGUUUUCCAGUAAAUACCCACAUCCAUAACAAACGCCUGGUGAAGUCUACUACCUGACAUCUGCGGGGACAUAGAUGUCACCAAUUUUGAGCCAGGUGUUCCUCUGGUGGUCCGGUUCAGGAAUUUAGGAUUCGUCACUUCUUAAAAACCAUCCACCCACCUUACACCACCCUUUGAGACCAUCACUGGAUUUUCUGUUUGUUUUUUCCUUUGGGGGUGGGGGGGGGGGGGAAGAUGGGCUGUCUUGGGAAUAGUAAGACUGAAGACCAGCGAAAUGAGGAGAAGGCUCAGAGGGAGGCGAACAAAAAGAUAGAGAGGCAGCUGCAAAAAGACAAACAGAUAUACCGGGCCACUCAUCGACUUCUUCUAUUAGGGGCCGGAGAAUCUGGGAAAAGUACGAUAGUCAAGCAGAUGCGAAUAUUGCACGUUAAUGGCUUCAAUGCAGAGGAGAAAAAACAGAAGAUUCAUGAUAUUAAAAACAACAUAAAAGAAGCUAUAGAGACGAUCGUGGCUGCCAUGAACACACUCACGCCUCCGUGCCAGUUGGCGUGUCCUGCAAACCAGUUCCGGGUCAAUUACGUCCUGAGCCUGGUAAACCAGAAGGACUUUGAGUUUCCUUCAGAGUUUUAUAACCACACAAAGACGCUCUGGCAUGAUGAAGGUGUGCGGGCAUGCUGGGAAAGAUCCAACGAAUAUCAGCUCAUCGAUUGCGCCCAGUACUUUUUAGACAGGAUUGAUGUGGUGAGGCAGAACGACUACACACCCACUGAUCAGGACCUCUUGAGAUGCAGAGUUCUGACGUCUGGUAUCUUUGAAACGAAGUUUCAAAUCGACAAAGUUAAUUUCCAUAUGUUCGACGUUGGAGGUCAGAGGGAUGAACGCCGAAAAUGGAUCCAGUGUUUUAACGAUGUGACAGCCAUCAUCUUUGUGGUGGCGAGUAGCAGCUACAACAUGGUGAUCAGAGAAGACAAUCAGACCAACAGACUACAGGAAGCCCUCAAUCUGUUCAAGAACAUCUGGAACAACAGGUGGCUACGGACCAUUUCGGUAAUCCUUUUCCUGAACAAACAGGACCUUUUAGCCGAAAAGGUUUUGGCAGGAAAAUCUAAAAUCGAGGAGUAUUUCUCAGAGUUUGCACGCUACACUACGCCUGAUGAUGCAAUACCAGAACCAGGCGAAGAUCCCAGAGUGACCAGAGCAAAGUACUUCAUACGGCAUGAGUUUCUGAGGAUCAGCACAGCCAGUGGGGACGGACGGCAUUACUGCUACCCACACUUCACCUGCGCUGUCGACACGGAAAACAUCCGCCGCGUCUUCAGUGACUGUCGGGACAUCAUACAGAGGAUGCACCUACGGCAGUACGAGCUCUUGUGAUGCGCAGCUUCGUCAGGUCCUCCCUACUUCCCUCCUCACCAUGACCAGUUAGCCAGUCACCUCUUCACUGUUACCGAAUUCACCUAACAGCCAAUCUGUCUGGCCUCCCCUCGACCUGAUUCCUCUGGUAAUACAACUCCAUCGACACGGAACAGUGAGAAGACUUUUUAUGAUGAGCUGUCAGCCUGGACUGCACUGCUUCUUUCUGGAUGUUCUCUCUCAUUUAAACGACCACCCGCUCACAGGUACACAUGCACUACAGAAUAAGACAUUCAGACCCUUGAAUAUCGCAUAAUCGUUACCCACCCUAGUCUCCUGCGCUAACAGUUAGCAGGGGGGUGGGGGGCUCUGCUCACACAUUCUGAGAUGUGGGAGUUUAUUCACCGCGUCCUGAGGAGAAGAGAUGGACUCAGAUGGUGGCGAGCUGAAACAGAUGAGCGGCUGUUUGCUUUUCUUUUUUUUCUGUGUCGGGCCACGGACAGACUAAUUGAUGAACGGCUGCCAUUGUGGAGUUUGAGGAGGUGGAGGCUGCUGUUAAAGUCAAUGGGGAUCUGAGCGUGACUCUGAGAUGAAGCCACGCUGGACUCAUGAUCUGCUCUUCAAGAAAUCAGUCGAGGGAAAACAGAAACAAAAAAAUAUCAUUCAAUGCAUAAGAAUCAUGCAUACUAGUGAACUUAAUGCAGUGCAAAAAAAAAAUCCAAGCUUUAUAUAUAUAUAUAUAUAUAUAUAUAUAUAUAUAUAUAUAUAUAUAUAUAUAUAUAUACGUGUAUAUAUAUAUAUAUAUAUAUAUAUAUAUAUAUACGUAUAUAUAUAUGUAUAUAUACUCCUGUAAUAACAAAUUGAAGUUUUAAGUUUUUGUUAGUUUUUACCCCCAUGUUGUUUGUCGGUGUACACAGUGUGUGAGAUCCACCUUGUACACCAUUUAGCCCCUAGCCGUACACUCAUACACAAACAACAAACAUGUUACUCUACAUCCUUGUCCCUAUUUAGCCCUGCUGCUAUUUGACACAUAUUCAACAUGUGAAAAAUAAAGAACAGGUUUGACUUUCUGAGGGUAAACAGCAACAGGAAAGCAUGAAGUCAGAGAUUUUCAGAGGCUGAAUGCAACAUGUCCCCCCCCCCCCCCCCCCGCCCGGCUUUAAGUGCGCCUGUCGUUUUAUUUACCGCUGGACUAUUAUUCCUGUACAGACUGUAAAAUUUAUUAUUUUGUACAACUUUAUUGAAGAAAUGAAAAUAACUUGUAGAAGAUCCCUGUGCCUUGAUCACGACUGUACGUGCAAAAAAUGAGCUAAACAUGUAAGUUAUGUUUCACUGCGCUGUAUAUCCGGACGGGUCGGUGUCGCCAUGUCCGGACCAGCUCACCCAAUCCUCCCCCCACCCCGCUGCUGUUGCCAGCUGUGAGGCAAAUGGGACGGUCGGGGAGGACGCCUUUCGUCUGUUGGUUAUUUACAUUGUUUUUCCACAUUUUGUUUGUUCAUUGAUUAUUUUGGUUUUGCUUUGACUUCUCUCUGGUUUAUAUAAUAGGAAUUUUAAAAAUCAGACACACCACCUUAAUGCUGUGUAGUGACAAUACUGAAUCCUUACACAAUUUAAUAUAAAAAAAAAAAUAUAUAUAUAUAUAUAUAUAUAUAUAUAUAUAUAUAUUCAGAUUCUAUAUUUUAUAUAUAUUUGCGGUACACCUUGUGAGCAUGGUGCCCAGGUUGGGUAUUCAUUUUUAUUUUUUAGCUCUAACUCUUUUGAAGGAAAGGGAUAUAUUAAGUGGGAAAAGUGUUUUUUUUUUGUUGUUUUUUACAUAAAACUAAUUGUGCUUUGCCUCAAAAACAGUUAUUUUAGUGUUUGGUUCAGUCCACAUUACAUUCAGACAUACAAGUUCCCCCAGUUUGAGGUUUGAUUUGGGCAAAGAACAUGACCAUGGAAAUUUUUUUAUCAUCACAUGAUUUCCUUUUCCCAUUGGCCAAAGGUUUCUUCCAUCCAUCCAUCUGUUAGUCUAUUUAUCCAUCCAUCCAUUAAUUCAUUCAUCAAUCAGUCUGUUCUUUCAUCUUUUCAUCCAUGUGUCCAUUGAGCCAUUUAUCAUCUGUUCUUUCGAUAUAUAUCUCUUUAUCCACUUAUCCACCUAACAUCCAUUCAUCUGGUUGUCCAUUUAUUUACCUUUCAAUUAAUUCUUUGUUUACUCCAUCCAUUGGAAAUUUGCGCCUAAGAAAAAGUAUGUAACUUUAUCAUAAAAACUGUAGGAACCCUGUAUUUUUACUUUGAACCUGGGUAUUCUGGACCGGUGGAGGUGUAAGGCCAUUCAGAACUUUAUGGCUGCUGCACAUAGAUAAUAUGGUAAAGAUUUAAGGUAUAAACUAUUCUGAAUAGUA